CACAAUCACGACGGUCCUCCUCCUCCGCGCGGAGCAUCGGAGCGGCUGAUCCUCCUCCGGGUCGGUGCAGGCGUGUGGCGGGUUGUUGCGCCGGACUGCUGCUCGUCGUGUUUCAUUUCACCACACAGGGAGAGCAGGGACGCACAGACACGGCGGAACCGCACAGCCUCUGACAUGGGUUAGGACGAGAGGAUUGUCCCCAUGGAUUAUCCACUUUGUGCACUUCGGCGAGGAGGAGGAUGAUGAUGAGGAUGAUGAUGAUGGUGGUGGUGGUGGUGGUGGUGAUGAUGGAGGGGGGACUUGUUUUCGCAGAGACACCCUGACAAAGACGGGGGGAGUAGAGAUUCGGCAUCCGCCGCCUCUCUGUCUCGCUUUGCAUCUCUUUCUUUUUUCCUUUUUUUAUUAUUCUAUUCAUUAUUUUUAUUCCCCCCCCGCGCGUGAGUGCGGCGCAGAGAAAUGUUUGCAGAAGUGCUGUGCGGCGCCGUGGCUCUGCUCCUGUAUGUCAACACUCUGGGCGCCGAUUUCUGCUACGAUGACAGCCGGGCAAUCAAGACCAAUCAGGACCUGCUCCCAGAGACCCCCUGGAUAAACAUCUUCUACGAUGACUUCUGGGGCACCUUGCUCACACACAGCGGAAGUCAUAAGUCUUACCGGCCCCUCUGCACCUUGUCCUUCCGCCUCAACCACGCCGUGGGUGGGCUGGAGCCCUGGGGCUACCACCUGGUCAACGUGGCCCUCCACGGGGCCGUGACGGGCCUGUUCACCUCGCUGGCCCGCCUGCUGCUCGGAGGAGGCCUGUGGAGCCUGCUGGCCGGCCUCCUCUUCGCCUCUCACCCCAUCCACACCGAGGCGGUGGCGGGCGUCGUGGGCCGCGCCGACGAGGGCGCCGCUCUGUUCUUCCUGCUGUCCCUGCUCUGCUACAUGCGCCACUGCACGCUGCGGGGCCACGCCGGGCCCUGGCGGCUCGCGGCCUGGCUCCUGUGCAGCCUGGCGUGCGCCGCCUGCAGCAUGCUGUGGAAGGAGCUCGGGGUCACCGUCCUGGCUUUGUCGGCGCUGUACGACGUCUGCGUCUUCCACAGGCUCAAGUUGCGGCAGGUCAUCGUGCUCCUCUACAAGAGAAAGAACGUCCACCUGCUGCUGAAUGUGUUCCUGCUGGCGGCCUGGGGAGCCGUGCUGUUGGCCUGCCGCUUCUACUGGAUGGGCAACAAGCCGCCCAACUUCUCCAACUCCGACAACCCGGCGGCCGACUCCCCGUCGCCGCUCUCCAGGACGCUCACCUUCUUCUACCUGCCCGUCGUCAACUUCUGGCUCCUCCUCUGCCCGGACACGCUCAGUUUCGAUUGGUCGAUGGACGCCCUGCCUCUGGUCAGGAGCCUGACCGACGGGAGGAACCUCCACACGGCCGUCUUCUACGUGGGACUGCUGUCGCUGGCUUGGUUCGGCCUGCGGACGCGGCACGCGGCCAGGGGCAAGGACACCAACGGCAAAGCGCAUCAUUACACCAACGGCAGAAAUGGCAGCAGCAACGGACACAGUUACCAAUACAACAAUCACGAACAUAUGAACAAUUCCCACGCUGGCACUAGUAGUCCCAGUAAUGGCGCAACAAAUGGCACCAAACAUCAUUACGAGAUCAGGACUCCACUGCCGACCACCGAAAACGUGGUGGUGUUCUCUUUGGGCCUGUUGGCCAUCCCCUUCCUCCCGGCCACGAACCUCUUUUUCUACGUGGGGUUUGUGAUCGCGGAGAGAGUUAUGUACAUCCCCAGCAUGGGCUUUUGCCUGCUGGUGGCGGUGGGGAUGAGGUCGCUGUACGUCCGCCUGCGGCGCCGGUCCCUCAGGACGGUGCUGGUGUACGGCGGCGCCGGCCUGGUUCUCCUCUUUGGUGUCAAAACUGUCUUGAGGAACCGGGACUGGCGGAACGAGGAGAUGCUCUACAAGUCGGGGAUUUACGUCAAUCCUGCUAAGGCGUGGGGCAACCUCGGAAAUGUCCUGAAGAGCCAGGGCAAGAUGGAAGAGGCUGAACAUGCGUACAGAAACGCCCUCUAUUACCGCAGCAACAUGGCCGACAUGCUGUAUAACCUCGGUCUGCUGCUGCAGGAGAGCAGCAAGUUCGCAGAAGCACUCCACUACUACAAGCUGGCCAUCGGGAGCCGGCCAACUCUGGCUUCGGCCUACUUGAACACGGGCAUCAUCCUGAUGAACCAGGCUCGCCUGGACGAGGCCAAGCGCACCUUCCUCACCUGCGCCGACAUCCCAGACGAGAACCUGAAGGACCCCCACGCCCACAAGAGCUCCGUCGCCAGCUGCUUGUACAACCUGGGCAAGCUGCUCCAUGAGCAGGGGCAUCAGGAGGAGGCCCUCACUGUAUUUAAAGAAGCAGUACAGAAAAUGCCAAGACAAUUUGCACCACAGAGCCUCUACAACAUGAUGGGAGAGGCCUACAUUAGACUGAACAAGCUGACUGAAGCUGAACACUGGUACCGGGAGUCGCUGAGAGCCAAGCCCGACCACAUCCCCGCACACCUCACCUACGGCAAACUCCUGGCUAUGACGGGGCAGAAAACGGAAGCCGAGAGGUACUUUCUGAAGGCCAUCCAACUGGAUCCCACAAAAGGCAACUGCUACAUGCACUAUGGUCAGUUUUUGUUGGAAGAGUCGCGGCUGCUGGAGGCGGCGGAGAUGGCGGAGAAGGCCGCGCGCCUCGACAGCGGGGAGUUUGAUGUGGUCUUCAGCGCGGCCCAUAUGCUCAGACAGGCCAGCCUGAAUGAGGCGGCCGAGCGGUACUACGGACAAGCGGCGAGCCUGAGACCCAACUAUCCCGCCGCUUUGAUGAACCUGGGUGCGAUCCUCCACCUCAACGGGAAGCUGCAGGAAGCCGAAGCCAACUACCUCCGAGCGCUCCGGCUGAAACCCGACGACGCCAUCACCCAGUCCAACCUGCGGAAGCUGUGGAACAUCAUGGAGAAGCAGGGCCUGAGGACCAUGGGCCCCUGAAGCCCGCCUCUUCUCUCCCAGAGUACCUGCCAUGUGUGUGUGUGUGUGUGUGUGCGCGCGCGUCGGGCGCACGCCAGACCUGGACGACUGGUCUGGCACUCCUUAUUCCCACUCCUCCCAAUCCAGGAGAAAAUGGAGGAGACUCAGGCAGGAGGAUGUUUGCUCAGAGAGGCCGGGGAGGACUGUGCCGCCACAGUCCUCGUGAUGACUCCUGAGCCUCUGCAUUGCACCUCAGGCCAGCAGCCUUUUCUCCGAAGCAUUGCUCACAGUUUGGCCGGCGCGACACCGGGUUUUUUUUUUGGACUCUUCGGAACUUUCUUUUAAAGAAGUGCUCUCGUAGGAGCCAUGCUUUUGUUUAUGUAUUUUUUUCCUCUUUUUUUUUCUAACUAGAGCACUUAAACCAGAAGCGAAACCACAGGUACACCCCCUCCCCCCGUCAACAUUUGAGAUGAAUAACUUUUCUUGAAUAAGCAAAUUCUAGUUCAAAAGGGUGAAAUUUGUCCCCCGAGCAGAGAUAAAAGUAUAAAGAGGUCUCAGAGCGACGCACUGAGGGUAUUUUCCAUUACAGUUUAAUAAUAAAGUUCUUGGUUUUCAUAAAAAUGUUCAAUCUUGCAAAUGAAGAAAACAAGAUGACAUGAAGAAUUGGACACCGACCAUCCGAAAUCUCCAGUUGAUAUCAGUGAAACCUCGAGUCCGUCAGCAAGUCUGUGUUGUUGAUUUUUUUUUUCUUUCCACAUUGUCAUUGGGUUUGUUUUGCUCAUUACAACAUACCAUGAUGAAGGUAGGAAGAAAUGUGCAACAGUAUUUGUAAACCAUUUGUAGCAGAUGCCCCUGACGUUUGGUGACAACUUGAAAAAAAAGGGAAUUUAAUUUGUUAGCCAUCACAGCACAACAGUAACCUCUACACGCUCCAGACAAGAGACUGGUGGCUUUUGCCAAAUAUGGCACGGUAUGGCAAGAACACCUAAAAAGGCAAGAGGAAGAGGGACUCCAUUCACACUGUAAUGCCUUAUAAUAAACGGUGUGGAUCUACUUUAACAGUGCACAGUAGCAUGCAGGUGGCAUCUUCUUCUUCUUGUUUUACCACUGCAGCUUCUCGUAGUUCACGGUCAAAGACGCCACGUCACCAUAGUAACUCGUUUAUUGGCAACGUACAGAAGCUAUAAAUUAAAAUCAAUAAGCUACCUUCCCGUGGAAGCCACGGACGGCACGAGUGGCAGGUACGGUCGCUUCGGCCACGCCAUCCCCAAACGCGCCCGCCGCUCAAAGGAACGUGUGUGUGCGUGGAGCUAAAAACAGAUGAAGGAAAUAUUCUUCUAACCAAAUACAAAAGCUAUGCCGAUGCACAUUUUUCCAUCACAUUGCACGACACAGCACGUCUGAGGGAAAAAAUAUUUUGAUGCCUAUGUUUGUGUUGGAAUUAAAACUAAUUUCAUUGUGUUUAUAUAAAUGAAUCCUAAUAUAUAUAUAUAUAUAUAUAUAUAUAUAUAUAUAUAUAUAUAUAUUAAUUAUCUUUGUUGUGUAUAUUAUACAGAAAAAACAUGCAGCAAAAAAGUAGCCAGUGGAAGCUCAGACGCUGAGAAAGUUUGGUUCUGUUACAUCAAGUAUUUUUCCCAUAUUGUCAAUCCUCUGUUCUCAGUCUCAUUUUGUAGAUAUUCUGUGUAAGUAAUUAACAUCUGCUCGUCCGUUGUCGUCAGCACACAGUAAAUGAAAUGGCACUCUCUCUCUCUCUCUCUCUCUCUCUCUCUCCCUCCCUCUCUCCCUCCCAGAAGUAAGAAUAUGUGCAGUAUUCGUGUGAUCUCACAAACCUCCCGAACUAUCCGUGUCCUUUAGUUUAUCACGACGUAAGUUAUUGCUUUGUGUUACCUCAGCGACGGAACCAGCUGGCACUGUGUUUUUGAAAUGAAGGAAGUCAGCAGAUAUGUUGCGUAUGUUUGUGGUCAAGACUGAGAAAAAUCUCCAGAUACGGUUAAGUGGCCCCUUGGAAUACAGGAACACCUGAAAGGGAGGGCAAAAGAUUGAAUAUAUAUGUGUCACUUGCAGUCAAAAUGGUGUUGGCACUGUUCAUUAGCGAUAUGUUGAUUAAAAUCCCGAUUCACAUUAAUUCCCGCCCCACAUCACAAAAACUCUCCAUGUGCUAAUUUCUCCUGUGUAUAUAAAGUGUUUAUGAACGGACACUGAUAAUUGUUAUUGAUUGAGUGAAGAUGUAAAAAAAAAGGUUCACUCUGUGUCUCUGCUCAGGGAUCUCAAGCGGUCGGUCGGUUAUUGCAGAAACUUGUUCACAGAGCGCUACUAAAUUAAAGAUUUAUUUUUGAAAGUUGUUGUAUUUGUAUAAAUUAUCGAGAUUUGUAGCCUUUUUUCUUCCUUUUUCUAAUAUAAAAAUGAACAAUGUGCCAGAAUAGACCUUUCCUCAAUGUUGCUUUUUUUUCCCACAAUAAAUUUAUGGUGUUCUGCCUUUG